AUAACACACACACAUACCGCAGCUCAGAGGUCAAAGAACGGGCGGCUCUUUUUGCAUACAGAUCAGAGAAUUGGAGAUUGGAGUCGCGGCAGUCGUGACUGGCGGAGGAGAAUAACCUGUUUUUGGAGAAUUCGACUCAGUGGACCUGAGCAACUGAUCGGGAGAGCAUCAUGUCGGUCGAAGGAAAGAUUGGAAUUAUUGGCAGUGGGCUAAUCGGCCGCAGCUGGUCGAUGCUGUUCGCCAGCGUCGGCUACAAAGUGUUCAUUUACGACAUCGAGCCGAAGCAGAUCAGCGGCGCGCUGGAGGACAUCUCCAAGCAGCUCAAGUCGCUGGAGAGCUCCGGCAUGCUCAGGGGGACGUUGAAUGCCCACCAGCAGUGUGCGCUGAUUCAAGGUACAAGCGAUUUGGAGGAAUGUGUGAAGGGCGCCAGGCACAUCCAGGAGUGCGUGCCGGAAAACCUGGAGCUGAAGAAAAAGGUUUGGGCUGAAGCAGACAAGCUGAUCGUCGACUCAGACUGCGUUCUGGCGAGCUCAACAAGCACUUUCUUGCCCUCUCUCAUCUCAGCAGACCUUCAGCACAAAGCACAGUUUGUCGUCGCCCAUCCGGUGAACCCUCCUUACUAUGUGCCUCUGGUCGAACUUGUUCCCGCACCGUGGACUGAAAAGCAGGUGAUGUUGCGCACGAGAGAUAUCAUGGAGCAAAUUGGACAACAGCCAGUCUCCCUUACAAGGGAGAUUGAAGGAUUUGCGCUCAACCGAAUCCAGUACGCGAUCCUGAACGAGACGUGGCGUUUGGUGCAGGACAAGGUGCUGGACGUGCGCGACAUCGACCGCGUCAUGUCCGAGGGCCUGGGCAUGCGCUACGCCUUCCUGGGGCCGCUGGAGACGGCCCACCUGAACGCAGAGGGCAUGCUGAAUUACAGCGAGCGCUACUCCAAGACCAUGUACGCCGUCAGCCAGACCAUGGGCGAGACGCCACUGAUGGCCGGCGAGCAGGCCAAGGUCGUGCACGACCAGCUCUGCGACAUGACCCCCGUGGACAAGCUGCCCGAGAGGCGCGCCUGGAGGGACAAGUGCCUCACCGCCCUCGCCAAACUCAAGAAGGAGAUCAAUGACUCCGACAAGUAGAUUAUUUUUAUCAGGUAUUUUGAUUAUUUUGUCUCUCCAGAUUUAUGAAUAAAUUCGUUACCUUUUCA